ACGAAAAUUUCCCUUGUCAGCCGUGUGACGCCAAGUGACACUGUCACCGCACCAACAGCUGCAGGGUGAACUGGGCUUUAGGGUUACAACGUGUUUGUUUCUCCCCCCUGCUCUCUCUCUCUCUCUCUCUCUCUCUCUCUCUCUCUCUCUCUCUCUCUCUCUGCCCUUAGUCCUGGGGUUGAGUAACUCCGUUUUGGUCCACUCUUUUUUUGCCGUGGCUUUUAGCUCUCACCACCUUCCACCAUUACGUCCCAAAGCAAAACGGACUUUUUAGCGCUUGCUUCUCGGACUCUCCAGAGGAAGAGAAUCGUCGCCGCUGUGGUUGGCAUCGUCAUGGUUUUGGCUCUCAUCAUCGCAAUUCCGCUGCUGGUCCAAACUACCAAGACUGAUGCGCACUACGAGAUGAUGGGCACCUGUCGGAUGAUCUGUGACCCAUACAACCCCAAACCAAGUGCCACGGCUCUGGAGGUCAUGCAGGAGUUGAGCGCCAUCCCUUCUCCGACCUUUGUUCAAGGGACUAAAGGCGAGCCGGGUCGGCCGGGGAAACCCGGGCCGAGGGGUCCGCCAGGAGAACCGGGACCACCAGGUCCGAGAGGGCCGCCGGGGGAUAGAGGAGAUUCUGGAAAGAUGGGACAUCCGGGGAUAGUGGGCACAGCGCGGACCGAGAUCGGUGGAGAGCUCGGCUCUGCUGUCGGCGGGGCAAAGAUAGCGUUUUAUGUGGGUCUGAAAAACCCACAUGAGGGAUACGAAGUGUUAAGGUUCGACGAUGUCGUCACUAACCUGGGGAACCACUAUGACCCGAUAACCGGCAAAUUCACAUGUCAAGUGCCUGGGAUUUACUACUUCACUUAUCAUGUGCUGAUGCGCGGAGGAGACGGGACAAGCAUGUGGGCAGACUUGUGCAAAAACGGACAGGUCCGAGCCAGCGCCAUAGCACAGGACGCAGACCAGAACUACGACUAUGCCAGCAACAGCGUCGUCCUGCAUCUGGACUCAGGGGACGAGAUUUAUGUCAAACUGGACGGCGGCAAGGCGCACGGCGGAAACAACAACAAAUACAGCACGUUUUCCGGUUUCCUUUUAUUCCCGGACUAAAAUGGGAUAAUCGCAGCACUCCAUCCCAGAACUGCCAUGACAGAAAUAAAGCUUAGUUCAGUGUGAUCAACACUGUUGAUCAGACCGACGAGAGGAAGCUGCCACCGUGUUAAGAUGCGCCCAGUCUCAUAUGCAGUCUGAAAACUUUUCUCAUAUCGUAUGUGAGAUUAUAUCAUCCAUAUAAUAAGCAUACCACUUAUUUCCAUAAUAAUUUCACAUGCUCUGCUAAUUUUCUAUAGAAAAUAAGCAAAUAUCUCCACUAUGGCAUGUCCAGGGACCCUUCUGAAACGUGUUGUUCAGCUUUGAAACAAGUGAAAUUAUUCUGAUAAAUUCAAAGAAUUAUUCAUAAUCUCAAUAAUUAUUGACCUCUAUUGUUUUGAGACUCUGCUACAGAUUAGCAACCUUCAUGUGAUAGAUUCACAGUCGAUAUUUGCAGUGCAGGUGUUGUAGCGUUUUCUCUUUGUGCAUUUUGUGGAGUUGAGGUUAUUCAUUGCCCUGGAGAGGGAUCUAUUGAAACUGAACUGAAAAGGCCUUGCUGACCUCCCCUUUAUACAGAGGACAUUGCUGUGUGACGUGAUGCUAUUUUUGCUUGAAAGUGUGUGUCACAAAGAUAUAUAUAUAUACAGUCUAUACAUAUGUAUGCAGUUAUGUAUGUAUUUAUUCAAAAAGAAAUUAAAUUAGUGAAGCACAUCAGUCAUAGCUUACCAUUAUCUGUCCAUCCAGUGUUGCAAAAAUGUUUCUAUGUCUU